GCUCGGUCUGCGAAACAAUGAUCGAAGCCCAGUGCGGUCGAUCGCAGACCGGAUAGACCGCGUCACACAGUAAGCUAAUGCAGCCUGCCAUCACACAGAGGCCCCGAACAAAGCUAUAUAUGCUGCCUUUGUACAGAAUCCUUAACCAAGAUUGAAGAUAAACGCUACCCUAUAGUAAUACCUUGUUACACCGACUCGUCAUCGGGCCCUCGGCGACAUGGCAGCCGACACAUUCACGACGUCAGUUCAAGCGCUGCAAAUCACCAUAGCGACAAGUCUAAUAUUCAUCGGUGGCCUAUCCUCCUGCCUCUCCCUCUGGAUAAUGCCACUAACAGCGCGCCUCGCACCGCGCCCAGCCUGCGCGCAAUUCACGCAAACCGUAACCUGGGGGUUCCGGUAUUUGCAACCCUCAUCGCAGCUGCUCGCCAUCUCGCUCCUCGCAACCACGCUACUGACCUCGCAGCUGCCCGACCCGGCGCAUGCACACGCGUGGAAGACCUGGGCUGCCGCGCUGGCCGCUCUCGUCCCAGUCGCGCCGUACGAGGUUUACGCUAUCUUCCCGCUGAAUGCGCGGGUGCGGCAGAUCGGGGAGGAUCUGGAGGGCGAGAAGGAGAGGGAGGGUAAGGAUGUUGAGGAGGAGCUCAAGGGGCUGUUUGGGAGCUGGAAGGUGUGGAAUUGGGGGAGGGUUGUUAUGCCAGUCGCGGCGGGAAUGAUUGGAUGGUGGGGCGUUGUGAGAUGAGGGCUCGGAUGGAUUGGGAGGAUGUGGUGCAGGAGUGAGGAUUUGUGGUUGGGUGUCUCUUGCGGGUGUGCAUUGUGCCCAUAUUGGCUUGGCAGCAUAAACA